GGACGAUGAUCCCACCAGGGGAGUGCAUGUACGCGGGGCGGAAAAGAAGGAAGCCCGUGCAGAAGCAGAAGCCCGCCGUGGGGGCCGACAGGUCGAACCCCUCCAAGCGGCACCGGGACCGCCUCAACGCUGAGCUGGACCACCUGGCCAGCCUGUUGCCGUUGCCACCGGACGUCGUCUCCAAGCUGGACAAGCUUUCAGUCCUGCGUCUCAGCGUCAGCUACCUCCGGGUAAAGAGCUUCUUCCAAGCCGUGCAGGAGCGGUGCCCACGGCCGCCGGCCGCCAGUGCCCCCUCCCCAGGAGACAGCGGUCCUCGAGGAGCGUUAGCUGUGCUGGAGGGGAGGCUGCUGCUGGAGUCCCUCGACGGCUUUGCUCUGGUCGUGAGUGCGGAAGGGGUGAUAUUUUACGCAUCGGCCACGAUCGCCGACUACCUGGGCUUUCAUCAGACGGAUGUGAUGCACCAAAACAUUUAUGACUACAUCCACGUGGACGACCGCCAAGACUUCUGCCGGCAGCUGCACUGGGCCAUGGACCCCCCCCAGGUGGCGUGUGGGCAGCCCCUGUGCUCAGAGCCAGGAGAGGACGCCGUCCUGGGGCGGCUGCUCAGGGCCCAGGACGGCCGUGCAGGCCCCUCGGAGUUCUCGGCCUUCCUGACGCGGUGCUUCGUCUGCCGCGUGCGCUGCCUGCUGGACAGCACGUCGGGCUUCCUGACGAUGCAGUUUCAAGGAAAACUAAAAUUCCUGUUUGGACAGAAGAGGAAGGCGCUGUCGGGGACAGCCCUGUCCCCUCGGCUCUCACUGUUCUGCGUAGUGGCGCCCGUCCUCCUACCCUCUGUGGCAGAAAUGAAAAUGAAGGGCGUGCUUUUGAGGGCAAAGCACAGGGCAGACAUCGCGGCCACGACGGACACAAAAGCAAAAUCUACCAGGAGUCUGUGUGAGUCAGAAUUGAGCGGAAAACCCAAUUACUUAACAGGAAGGAACAAUGGAGAAAACGGCAUUUCGGUGUUCAGGGCACAAAUGGAUGCCUGUCGCUGGGCCCGGGUCCCAGCCAGGGCCAUGUGCCUGUGCCUCAGGGGUGGCCCUGACCUCGUCCUUGACGCCGAGGGGGCUGCAGGGGACAGGGCACGACAGGAGCCCGGGAGGGUGCCAAGCGCCUCCUCGGGGCUGAGGGUGCGGAGGGAAACACACGCAUACGACUGCCGCUUCCAGACACCGAGGCCCAUGAAGCACCUGAACUGGGUGACAGGGAAGCAUCGUCAGGAAGGCGCCACACUGAAGCUGGAGCCCAGCAGGAGUGAUGCAUUCUCCAUGCCCGCUGUUCCCCAGGGCUCCUGCAUGCCCUACCCCGGCACCCCGGGCACCAUCCCUGCCAGCGGUGUCAAUCCCUUCAGGAGCUCCCCCAGCUGUCACCAGCCCCCCAGUGCCUACGCCAGCCGGGCCAGCAGAGCCCUGCGGGAUGGUGGUCAGGGCCAGGCGCACCCUCCCGCCAGCUGCCCCUUCCCCCAGGGGAGCCUGGAGAUCCGGCUCCCUCAGCCUGGCAUGCAGCGUCUCGCAGCAGGGGCCUAUUCCACCGAGGACAUCAAGUUGCGAGGUGUGCCCAUGCCCCCAGAGGCCCCGUGCAAUCCCAUGUUGUCCCUAGAUGUGCCCAUCAAGAUGGAGGGUGACUCUGGGUCCGAGGACGCAGCAGAUGGCUACUCCGUGUCCCCAAGCCAUGUGUGGCUGGGAGCCAGUGACGUGGCCAAGAGACAGCUGGUCACUUUCCCGACCAGGAUGCACCUGAAAACAGAGCCAGACUCUAGGCACCACCUGUACGGCCCACACCUGGGGCACGGCAUGCCAAGGGCCGCCCCCAGGCCCGGCAGGGAGCUGGCCCCAGUCCACCCCACACCCUGCGCACCCUGUGUGUGCCUGGAGCCUCCCCGCUGCCUCUGUGUACCGGGCCACCAGCCCCCGGCUCUGGGCUGUGACUGCAGAGCUCCCGGGACCCCACCCAUGAUCAAGCGUGAGCCGUUGGACUCCCCACCGUGGGCCUCUCCCAGCCAGGGUGGGGUACCUGGGAUGCUCCCUAAAGCUGCCUUGGCGACACUGGUGCCACCCACAGCCUCCGAAUGCACUUUCCUGCCAUAGAGCCAGGCGCUCGUUAAACGUGGCGUCCGCCCAUGUUCUGAUUUUCUUGUCAGCCGGGCGGGUGUGGGUUGGAGCCCUUCUUCCCUGUCACUCUGCAGCCUUGCACAAGUUUGCCUGUCACCUGUGGGCAGCAUAUGCAACAGCAGGUCUGUAUUUUUCUAGUAUCACCAGAGUCCUCAGAUGCAAAGUGGCCUUGAGUCUGUUCAAGUAACAGUGUUUCUCUCUGAGGGACUAGCAUUUUUCAGCAAGCGGCCAAAGUCAGCUGCAUGGGCCUGCUGGGUGGACUCCAGGCUGCAGCUCCGCCUGUGGCCAGUCACGUCCAGGUUUGGGAAAGUGUGAGGUGAUGUCCCGAAGCCCCACCUCGCCCCUAGCUCUCCGAGACUGAAGAGGUGUCCACACGCAGGUAGGCUGAGACAGUAAGUUAGGGCUGUAACUGAGCUGCAGGAGACUGUGCACCCAUUCACGGAAGGAAUCUAGAAAGUUCCAGGCAGGUGGGGCUGUGAGCGCCGGCCCUGCAGCGUGUGCUCCGCAACCCGCAGUGGAGAGUCACGGAGUGCUGCCCUGUCCCUCCUGGAAGCCUCUCUAGGGUCUUGAAUAGGCUCAGAAGUCUCGUGUGUCAUGUGACCCAGAGUCCAGAGAGUCUGGGUUUAGAGGCAGAGAAGGUGAAAACAGGAAAGAAGCCGGAGGUUGCAGUGUCUGGCUGUCUUGCCAACUGUCUACAGUUUCUCUAAUGAGGACUCCAACCACCAUCCCAGGAGGAAUUAUUAGAUUUAUAAUGUUUAAAAAAAAGUCGUAAAGGUAAUGUGUUCUGAUUGUAGGAAAUUUGGAUACAAAGCAUAAAUCAGGUGACUCCCAAUCCCCACCCAGAGAUGGUUCGUGGCGAAGUUCCAGGGGUCCCCAGGGCAUCACUGCGGGGUGUGGGAACCAGCAGCAGGCAGGAGGCGGCAGUAGGGACAAGUCCGUAAAGUCCCUUCUGCCUGGGCAUCUCAGGAACCCCCUGCUGAGGACUUGCUGCUCCACCAUCUGGAACGUUCUGCUCUUCAGCCUGGGCUCAUCCUCUGUCAUCGGUGCUUUGGGUGUUAGUGUCCAGGUCCUGGGCUGCAGGAAGUCCCUGAGGACCACCUGCUUCUCUCGGCCCACACUGGACCAGUGUCCCCUGUCCACCCAGGUCUCGCCGAGCACUGCACACCUCUGCUCCCCGGGCGUCCAUGGAUUCAAUGCAGUCUUCCUGCUUCCUUCCCGGGCAGGGCGAGUGCCAGCCAGCAACUUGUCGUGGGAGCCACGCGCGUCCUCAGAAGGAGCUGUCCCCUCUCAUUCCUGCUGGGGAGGGCUCUCCUCAGCACCUCCUCUCACUUCACUCAACUGAGGGGACACGGGCUGCCCUCCCCUCCAGGGUGCAGCAGACAGGCAGUUCUGCAGGCAUGUGACAUGUAACUGGGGAGACAUGGGACUGACGGGGUUCAGAGCUGUCAUUGCGUGUUUGUACUGUUGCCAGACCCCAUGUAACCGAAGAAGAGCUGCAGGCCUGAGCCUCAUGUGAGGAGAAGCCCUUCCGAACACACUCAGCCGUCCUGCCCCCCAGGGCCAUGGCGUCCUGCAGCCCCACCUCCUCUCAACAUUCAAGAACCCGUGAGUCCUCGUUCUCCUUGGACCACGUGCACCAAGUUGGUCGCAGGUGGGCAGACAGGUGACAUUCCGUCGAUGCAGAACACGGCACCCGCACCCGUACUCCGCAGGUUUUGGGUUCUUGAGACGCCCAUUAUGCUGCUUCGGCCUAGGCCCUUCCUGUGCUGGGUCAGCAGCCACAGAACUUCCUGAGUCAGCACCUCUGUUGUUUUAUAUCCUGAAGACUGGGGAACACAGUGACGGGAUGUAGAAGGGGCAGAUGUGGUCACUUCUGCUCUGAAGCGUCCAGAAGGGACCAAUUACAGGCGUGGGUUCUGCCAUCUGUAGCUUUGGCCUGUGUAGCUGAAAUACACUAAAAUCAAGCAGAAGGUGGAAACGGAAGGAAGGGAGGAGAGAAACACGAAUUCUAUUUUAUGCUUUUGCAGUUUCUAGGGAAGAAAAAGGUAUCUAGACUGAUUUGUUGGACUUUACAGAUGGAUGCACUAUAAUGUAACUUUUUGUGGUUUUCUCGGUGCCUUUUAAAAGAGCUUUCAAAUAUA